GGCGCGGCGCUGUCCCCGCCUCCCGCCCGCUCCCGCCCGCCCCCGCCGCUGCCCGCCGAGCCGCCCGCGCGCGAUGUCGGCGCCGCCGCCGCCCGCGGGCGCCGCCGUGUCCGCGGCCGAGAAGGUGGACGGCUUCACGCGCCGCUCGGUGCGCCGCGCGCAGCGGCAGAAGCGCUCGCAGAGCUCGUCGCAGUUCCGCGGCCAGGGCGGCGCGGCCGAGCUGCAGCCGCUGCCGCCGCUCAAAGAUGCCACUUCAAAUGAGCAGCAGGAGCUCUUCUGUCAGAAGCUGCAGCAGUGCUGUGUACUGUUUGAUUUCAUGGACUCUGUAUCAGACUUGAAGAGUAAAGAAAUUAAAAGAGCGACAUUGAACGAGCUCGUCGAGUAUGUCUCUACUAACCGUGGUGUGAUCGUUGAGUCAGCAUAUGCUGACAUAGUGAAAAUGAUCAGUGCUAACAUCUUCCGUACUCUUCCUCCAAGUGACAAUCCAGAUUUUGAUCCAGAAGAGGAUGAGCCCACGCUUGAGGCCUCUUGGCCUCACAUACAGUUGGUGUAUGAAUUCUUCUUAAGAUUUUUGGAAAGCCCUGAUUUCCAGCCUAGUAUUGCAAAGCGAUACAUUGAUCAGAAGUUUGUACAACAGCUCCUGGAGCUUUUUGAUAGUGAAGACCCACGAGAGCGCGACUUCUUGAAGACAGUCCUGCACCGGGUCUACGGCAAGUUCCUGGGGUUGAGAGCAUUCAUCCGGAAGCAGAUCAACAAUAUCUUCCUCAGGUUUAUAUAUGAAACAGAGCACUUCAAUGGUGUUGCUGAACUCCUUGAAAUAUUGGGAAGUAUUAUCAAUGGCUUUGCAUUGCCGCUGAAGGCAGAACACAAGCAGUUUCUAAUGAAGGUUCUCAUUCCCAUGCACACCGCCAAAGGACUGGCUCUAUUCCACGCGCAGCUAGCCUACUGUGUGGUGCAGUUCCUGGAGAAAGACACAACACUGACAGAACCUGUGAUCAGAGGAUUGCUGAAAUUCUGGCCAAAAACGUGCAGUCAAAAAGAGGUGAUGUUCUUAGGAGAGAUUGAAGAGAUCUUAGAUGUCAUUGAACCGACACAGUUCAAAAAAAUCGAAGAGCCCCUCUUUAAGCAGAUGUCCAGGUGUGUGUCCAGUUCUCACUUCCAGGUUGCAGAGAGGGCUUUGUACUUUUGGAAUAAUGAAUAUAUCCUUAGUUUGAUUGAGGAGAAUAUUGAUAAAAUUCUACCUAUCAUGUUCGGCAGUUUAUAUAAAAUCUCCAAAGAACACUGGAAUCAGACCAUUGUAGCGCUGGUGUACAAUGUGCUGAAAACACUGAUGGAGAUGAAUGGCAAGCUCUUCGACGACCUCACCAGCUCCUAUAAAGCCGAGAGACAAAGAGAGAAGAAGAAGGAGUUGGAACGUGAAGAAUUAUGGAGGAAACUAGAGGAUUUAAAGCUAAAGAAAGCGCUCGAGAUGCACAACAGUACCUACCAUCUGGACGACAGCAGUUCUUUAGCAACACACAGCAGUCCCAGCAGCACAGGGUCCAAGUAACGGGCCUUGCCGCCAGGGCGACCUCUACACUUUUUUGAAAUAUGUAAAAAUUAUGAAACCUCAUCAGUAUAAUUAAAAAGCCAAUUUUUUCUCUGGCAACUGUCACUGAGCUGUGUCACAGCCACAGUAUACUGUGCCCUCUGUCCAAUCAUUGAUUCUGUCACCUCUGAAGUCCACAGAAAUGAAUUUCUCACCGACACGAGUGAGGUGAUCACGGGAGUGGUAAGGACGCUUAACUCGGUUGUGUUCAUGUCAGGCCCGGGAGUGUCUGCGCCACUCCGUGUGCUUCCCUCGUAGUCUUCCUCUCACUGCUGCAGCCUUACUCACAGCCAAGGACAAGGGGGUCUCCUGGAGUGGAACUAAGGGGGAGCCUGGGCCUCCCUCCCUUUACUGGUGAUAUUACCUACUCUGGGAUUUGAGCAGAAGACUUAAAUCUCCAGGCUUUUUAAAGCACAAAAUAGAAAAGCUGGGAAAGUAAACCAAAUUCUGCACUGUUCUCUCUUCCUCUGCGGCUCCUGAAGGGGGCUUGCAGUCUCCCUCACCCCUGACGGCUCCCUCACUGUCUGGCUUUGCGUUCAGGAGCACAGUCACUUCCUCUCUGGCCACGGCGAGGGCUUGUCUGCCCUUCACUGGCCGAGGAUCUCCCCUCCGUUACCUGAGUACCAUUCCAGUCUCUUCAGUUGCAGUUACGUGGAAACUGUUUUGUAAUGAAAGAUCUUCAUUGCGGGAUUGUGCAGCAUUUAAUAAAGUCUAUGUUUGUAUUUUGCCUUA